AUGCUAAGCUUGUACGAAGCUGCUCACCUUCGCUUACAUGGAGAAGAAGUUCUUGAUGAAGCUAUCUCUUUCACUAUCACACAUCUUCGGCACUCGUUAAUGGAGAUCGGUCAUACAAGCCCCCACCUCUCAGAAAAGGUCAUGUGGGCCCUGAACCGACCCGUCCAUAAAACCAUCCCAAUGUUGGAGUCCAGGCAUUACAUCUCUAUCUACCCCAAGGAAGAUUCCCACAACAAAACUUUGCUCAAGUUGGCAGAGUUGGAUUUUAAUUUAUUACAAGCGCUACAUCAGAAGGAGCUAAAUAGCAUUGCAAGGUGGUGGAAAAACUUGGACUUUGCAAGAAAGUUUCCUUAUGCAAGAGACAGAGUUAUAGAAUUGUACUUUUGGAUAUUGGCAAUGUACUUUGAACCCGAAUAUAUCCAUGUACGAGAGUUUGUUACCAAAUCAGUAACCAUGAUAUCAAUCAUAGAUGAUACCUAUGAUGUUCAUGGUACAUAUGAAGAGAUCAAGCUCUUUACACAAGCAAUCAAAAGAUGGGAUAUUAGUGCCAAAGAUUCCCUUCCAGAUUACAUGCAAUUGAUAUAUGAGGCAAUUUUAGAUGUCUAUGACGAAAUUGAAGAGCAUAAUGCUAAGGAAGGAAGAUCAUAUCGUGCACAUUAUGCAAAAGAAACAAUGAAAGAAGCAGUACAGGCUUAUUUUGAUGAAGCUAGUUGGUUUUACGAUGAGUACAUUCCCACAUUAGAGGACUACAUGUCGAUUAUGGAUGUGAGCUGUGCUUAUCCUUUUAUCAUAAAGACUUCUUUUCUCGGUGUGGGUGAGAUAGCAACUAAAGAGGUGUUCGAUUGGGCCUUCGAUAAGCCAAAAAUCAUCAAAGCUACGUCAGCUAUUGGCAGAAUAAUGAAUGACAUUGUGUCCCAUAAGUUUGAGCAAAAGAGAGGACAUGCUGCUUCUUCGGUCGAAUGUUACAUGAAACAACAUGGCGUUCAAGAGGAAGAGGCAUACAAAAUGUUGCGUCAAAAAAUUGAAGAUGCAUGGAAAGAUAUAAAUCAGGAGUUACUCAAGUCAACUUUUGUACCAACAGUUCUUCUGGGGCCCAUUUUGAAUCUUAAUCGUGUAUCGGAAUUUAUUUACAGGGAUGAUGAUUGCUAUACAAAGGCUCAUAAGAUCAAAGAUGACCUUGCUUUGUUGCUUGUACACCCCGUUUCCACUCUUCAUCAAGAUGUUCAGCCAUAG